AUGUUUAAUGCUAAUGGGAUGCAGAUUAUUCCACCAUCAAACUUAUUCAACGUAGAUGAAUCUGGAUUGUCUAUUUGCCAUAAACCAGGAAAAAUUGUUGCUCUUAAGGGAAAACACAGUGUUGGUGGCUUAACUAGCUCCGAAAGAGGUAAAACAAUCACAAUAGUUUGUUGCCAAUCAGGAAGCGGGUUUUUUGUCCCUCCGAUGUUGAUCUAUCCACGUAUUCGAGUGAAACCUGAAUUUUUAGAUAAAACCCCAAUAGGUUCUAUUUCUGGUGGCAGCAAAAAUGGCUGGAUAACAACUGAGUUGUUUGAAAUAUGGUUUGAUCAUUUUUUACAAGCAGUCCAGCCUCAGUCAAGAAACCAACCAGUUCUUCUAAUUUUAGAUGGACAUUCAAGUCAAAAAAAAAAUCUUAGUGUUAUUAAAAAAGCGCGCCACUCAAAUGUUAUUAUUUUAUCACUUCCAUCCCACUGCACCCACAAACUGCAACCACUUGAUGUUUCGUUUUUUAAAAGUCUCAAAAUAUUCUAUGAUCAGGAGGUUAGUACUUGGCUUCGUCACCAUCCUGGCUGUCCCGUAACUGAACUAGAGGUUGGUGAAUUAUUUGGAAAAGCCUAUGGGAAAGCUGCAACUGUUCAAAAUUGUCAGUCAGGGUUCAAAAAAUGUGGAAUAUAUCCAUUUGAUAGAAAUGUGUUUACUGAAGAAGACUUUGCUGCAGCCAAGGCUACUGAUCACUCGUAUGUUGUAUCAAAAAUUUCAAAACCAAAUAAUACCUCUGAAAUGCACCCUACUCUCAACAAUGGGUUAGACUCUGCUAAAGAAUUAGAUAAUAUUGAUUUUGUUACAGAUUGUGUUAUUGACACUCAAAAAGAAUCUAUUUCACCAAAUUCAUCAUUUACACUUCGGAAGUCAUCAGAAUUAGCCACCUCACACGAUGAAACCUCACAAUCUUAUGGUGUUACAUUUAGAUCACUAGCUGGACUUGACAUUAAAAAUGCAAAGCGAACAGGUAUAAAAAGGAGGGUAAAUCAUGCUGAAAAAAUUACUGGAUCACCAUAUAAAUCUCAGCUAGAGGAAUCUUUAAACUUGAAAUAUAAGAACAGCCACGUAAAAAGUGCAUUAAAAAAAGUAUAUCUACUCAUCAAAAGACGUGUUUGAAAAACCUUGAUGCUAAAGGUGCGAUUAAUAAACAACUUUGUGCAAAGUGUCAAUACAGUUAUGGUGAUCCUGUCCUUAUUUAAAAGAUAAUUGGGAUAAAUGCCUUAAAUGCUGUAGAUGGUGGCAUGAAACAUGUGCUGCUAUAUGUGGUGUUUAUACUAAAAAAGUAUUUACUUGUGAUGACUGUAUAAAGCACUGAUUCUUAAAAAAAAAGUUAUGUCAUAUAUUGAUAAAA